GGUCAUUCUUCAUUUGACUGUAGAUCAUCAUCACCCAUGGUGGACGACGCGACGAAGAGCACGCUUGCGAAAAUCCCGCUGCUCAAGACGCGCGCUGGGCCACGCGACGGCGACGCGUGGAUUCUGCGACUGAAGGAAGAGUACGCGGCGCUGAUCAAGUACGUGCAGAACAACAAGGAGGCCGACAACGACUGGUUCCGCCUCGAGUCGAACAAGGACGGCACUCGGUGGUUUGGAAAGUGCUGGUUUGUGCACGAUCUGCUCAAGUACGAGUUUGACGUCGAGUUUGACAUUCCCGUAACAUACCCUGAGACGGCCCCAGAGCUGGCAUUGCCCGAGUUGGACGGCAAGACGGCCAAGAUGUACCGUGAGGGAAAGAUCUGCUUGACCGACCAUUUCAAGCCGCUCUGGGCGAGAAACGUACCCCGUUUCGGCAUUGCACAUGCACUGGCUCUUGGCCUCGGUCCUUGGCUUGCCGUCGAAAUUCCCGACCUCGUCGAGAAGAAGUUGAUUGUGUAUAACGAGCCGAAGGCAUCCAGCUCUGCCGCCAGCGGGUCCGGUCAAUGAAAUCGAGUUCCAGUCAAAAACAAAGCAUCGUCCAGUUGGUGUGUUUGAUUUGAUUGCUUGCUGGUGUAUUGAUACAAAACAACAAACAUCAAUGAUACAAAUCAACCCUGAGAACUGACUAUUAACAUUGCAUUUUUUGCCAUG